GAAGCAGGGGGCGUCCUCUCCUCUGACAGUCCGCCAUGCUCACCCUGCUGCACCACUGUGGUCGUAACUUCCUGACACUCAGGACCAUUCAGACGGUGAACAAAAGCUAUUAUUCAGCACAUAUGGCUAAACGCGUGGCCGUGGUGCUGGCGGGCUGCGGAGUCUAUGAUGGCAGUGAGAUCCACGAGGCCUCCGCUGUUUUGGUUCACCUGAGCAGAGGAGGUGCGAAUGUAGACAUGUUUGCCCCCAACAUUGACCAGAUGCAUGUGGUGAACCAUCUGAAAGGCGAACCGUCUCAAGAGAAGAGAAACGUGUUGGUGGAGAGCGCCAGGCUGGCCCGUGGAAACAUCCAGGACCUGUCUAAACUCAGUGUUAAAGACCAUGAUGCUGUUAUAUUCCCAGGUGGUUUCGGGGCAGCGAAGAACCUCUGUACAUGGGCAGUGCAGGGGAAGGACUGCUCUGUUAAUGAUGAGGUCAAGGCCGUGCUGCAGGCGUUCCACGGCGAGGGCAAACCCAUCGGCCUCUGCUGCAUCUCACCUGUCCUGGCUGCUAAGGUGUUUCCUGGGUGUGAGGUCACUGUUGGCCUUGAGAAGGAUGAUAAGUACCCCGACACUACUGACACUGCAGCGGCAAUCAACCAGCUGGGCUGCAAACAUAUGAGCAAGAGCGUCAGCGAGAGCCACGUGGACGAGAAGAACAAGCUGGUCACCACCAGUGCCUUCAUGUGCAACGCUCCCAUCCAUGAGAUAUUUGACGGAAUUGGCGCGAUGGUGCGGGAUGUUCUGAAAAUUGCUUGAUCCUAGUGAAACUCAAAAGAUGGUGGAAACAAGGGAAAGAACGGUGGUCGUGUCGAUUUAGCGAGCUCUAUGAUAGUUGCCUGCUGAGCUGAUUUUAAGAAGAUGAAGUAUCACCUUGAUUAGAAGCACUUCCAGAUACUCUUGAAAUAUACAUGUUUGUAGCAGCAAUGUGCACCGCACGGUCUAAUAUUUCAGGUGUCUCUAUUAUUUGACAAAAAUCUCAGUUUAACUCGAUCUUACUGAAUUGUACUGAGAUGCAGUGGAUCAGUGUCAUGACAGAAAUUAGGUUAGACUUAAGAUUUUUGAAAAUCAAUAGGUGUAUGGUAUUGUACAAAAAAAUGCAAUAAAAUGAAAAAGUUCA